CGCGGCCACACGUUAAAGCACACGCGCACACAUUCGAUAGGAAAACAUCCCGUUUCGGAAAAUAUGUUUGUGACGCACCAUUUUUCCGUAGACGAAGUGAACAAUUUGAUCAGUGAGAGUUUCGUUAGGAUUUUCGGCAAUGUCGUCGAGCAUUUUCCCGCCGCCGCCAUCGGGAUUUUGAAAUGCCGGCCCUUCGAGGAUAUCAAUCACAUCGUGCAAGCCAUCUACGAUUUUUUGGAUUGCCUAAAACCCCACGAAAAAGAGAAGAUCUUCCAGCUGUACCCGGACCUGCUGGAGUGCGGGGUGUGCAACUCGCCGUUCAUAAUGGAAAAGGAGCAUCAGAAUGGUUACGGCAGGAUCGACUUGGAGGAGAAGCGCAGGGUGCAGGAGCUGAACGUUCGCUACAAGGACAAGUUCGGCUUUCCGUUCAUCACCACCAAAACCGACAUGAGCAAUUUGUACACGGAAAUCCUGUCGAGGGUGGAUAACAGCAAGGAGGAGGAGCUGCAGAGGGCGAUGAGAGAGGUGAAGGCGAUGGUUUACAACAGGGUGCACGAGAUCGUGCAUUGAGAGAGGAUGAUU